AUGUCUCAACCCUCCCUCGCAAAAUUCAUAGUCAAGCGGCCAUGGCUCAAGCGUAUGAUGAUGCCGCUGUCCAAUUGGUACUGCAACGCCGCUGGAUACAGGAAGCUCGGUUUGAGAGCCGAUGAUUUGAUCCCCGAAGAGUCCGAGACUGUUCUCCUCGCCCUCAAGCGCCUUCCGCAGAAGGAAGCCUACGACCGCGUUUUCCGCUUGCGUCGUGCAUUCCAAGCCUCGCUCGCUCACCAACUUCUCCCUGCGGCUCAACAUACUAAGCCUGAGGAGGACGUCCAAUAUUUGUCACCCAUCAUCAAGGAAAUCGAGGCAGAGCUACAGGAGCGCGCGGAUUUGGAGACGCUGUCCAUCACCAAGAAGAAGUAG